CGAACCCUAACGGGGCCGGUCAUCUCGAUAUUAAGACAUUGCAUGUUUCUAAUUAUCCUCAGAUUCUCUCCGCCGUUUUGUCCGAAUCCUUUUCUCCGGUUCGUUCCGUCGAAGAUUUCGCGGGAACCGAAGCGCCUGUACCGGAAUUUCUCCUGUUUCACCGAACCGACUGCUCGAUUCCCUAACCGGUCACAAGCUGCAAUACCGAAGAUUGUGCAAGCCUCUCAGCUCUGGACAUCAUAAUUAAUUCCCUUUCUGGGAUUCAUUUAUUUCCUUGGAAGAAGAAUCGGGUUAUCGGUAAGAGAAAAUGGAAAUGGAUUUGGAGCCCAUAGCUCUCACGCCGCAGAAACAGGACAGCGCGUGGAAGCAUUGUGAAGUCUACAAGUACGGGGAUCGAGUACAGAUGAGGUGUCUCUACUGUCGGAAAAUGUUUAAGGGUGGUGGGAUAACCAGGGUAAAGGAGCACCUCGCGGGUAAAAAGGGUCAAGGCACCAUUUGCGAUCAAGUCCCGGAAGAUGUUCGCCAAUUCUUGCAGCAGUGUCUGGAUGGGACUGUGAGACGGCAGAGGAAGAGGCGAAAAUCGAGUCCAGAGCCGUUGCCCGUAGCUUAUUUCCCUCCUUCCGAGUUGGACGUGUCGGUUGCCCAUUCUGACGUGAAUAAUGGAUUCAAGUCGCCAGGUUCAGAUGUUGUUGUACCGAACCCGAGCCUGUUGGCUGGCAGAACGAAGCAGAGAACUUACAGGAGUAGGAAGAAUGCAUUUUCUUCCGCAAAUCUUGAUGGGUCUGCAGCUAACAUUAGUGACCUGAUGGCUAGAGAUAUGGGCAAUCUAAUUCCCGUGGCUAUUAGUAGUGUAAAAAACAUUGUUCAACCAUCCUCCAAAGACAGGGAGAAGACGAUUCAUAUGGAAAUUGGAAGGUUUCUGUUCGACAUUGGAGCCGAUUUCGAUGCGGUGAAUUCUGUUAAUUUCCAACCAAUGAUUGAUGCAGUUGUCUCUGGAGGAUUCGAGAUGUCUAUCCCCACGCAACAUGAUCUCCGAGGUUGGAUACUGAAGAACUGUGUAGAGGAAACGAAGAAGGAUAUUGAUGAAAGCAGGCCACUGUGGAAGAGGACAGGAUGUUCCAUUUUGGUUGAGCAAUUGGACUCCGGAAAUGGCCCAAAAAUCCUCAACUUUUUGGUGUACUGCCCAGAAAAAGUUGUGUUUUUGAAGUCUGUGGAUGCGUCUGAGAUUAUAACUUCUGCUGAUAAAUUAUACGAGCUUCUUAAGGAGGUGGUAGAAGAAAUUGGGGAAACCAAUGUCGUUCAAGUGAUUACGAAACAUGAAGAUCACUAUGUCGCAGCUGGGAAGAUGUUGAUGGAUGCAUAUCCUUCUAUUUAUUGGGUUCCUUGUGCUGCUCAUUGCAUAGAUAGGAUGCUCGAGGAUGUUGGGAAGGUUGAGUGGAUAAGCGAUAUAAUCGAACAGGCUCGAUCUAUCACAAGAUAUAUUUACAACCAUAGCGGUGUUUUGAAUCUGAUGUGGAGAUUUACUUCCGGUAAUGAUAUCGUGCGACCAGCAUGUGGCCGUUCCGCCACAAAUUUUGCGACUUUGGGAAGGAUAGCCGAUCUAAAACCGAGUUUGCAGGCUAUGGUUAUUUCACCAGAGUGGAACGAUUGUUCUUAUUCGAAGGAAGCAGGUGGAUUGGCAAUGACUGAUACUAUAAACGAUGAAGCCUUCUGGAAGGCGGUUAUGCUAUUAAACCAAUUAACGGAUCCUCUUUUGCGAGUUGUGAGGAUAGCUUUUUCUGAAAAGAGGCCUGCAAUGGGGUAUGUCUAUGCAGCACUGUACCGGGCAAAGGAAGCAAUUAAGAACCUAUUUGUUAAGAGAGAGGAUUACAUAGUUUACUGGAAAAUUAUAGAUAGCAGGUGGGAUCAGCAAAGGCUUCUUCCUUUGCAUGCUGCCGGUUUCUUUUUUAACCCCAAGUUCUUCUAUAACACCGCUGAAGAAAUGCGUAGCGAGAUCCUUUCUGCAGCAGUAUUUGAUUGCAUCGAGAGGUUAGUCCCUGAUGUCACCAUCCAAGAUAAAAUCAUCAAGGAGAUAACCUCGUACAAGAACGCUGUCGGAGUUUUUGGAAGGAAUAUGGCGAUUAGAGCUCGGGACACAAUGCUUCCCGCUGAAUGGUGGUCUACGUACGGAGAAAGCUGCUUGAAUCUCUCACGUUUUGCAGUACGUAUUCUUAGCCAGACUUGCAGUUCAUCAUUCGGAUGUAGGAGAGACCUAAUACCGAUGGAAAAGAUUUACCAAUCAAAGAACUGCCUCGAGCAACAACGGCUGAGCGACCUCGUGUUUGUCCAAUACAACAUGCGUCUCAGACGCUGGGAUCACGAAAGCAGAGACGAUUCAGCAGACCCAUUAUCACACAACAACAUGGAUGUUCUUGAAGAAUGGCUUUCGAAAAACCAAGCUUGUGUAGAAGGGAAUGGAAGCUCGGACUGGAAAUCACUCGAGUUGGGUAAGAGGUCUCAAGUAGCAGCCAUUGUUGAUGAAGCUGAAGAUUUGGGCACAGGUUUUGAUGAUGCUGAGAUUUUCAAGGAGGAAAAGGAAGUUGGAGAGGAAGGUUAUUACACAAACAUAUAGGAGGCCUCUUUUGUUCUUCUCAGUCAGUCAUAGGUUCAUUGGAUAUAUAUAUAUAUAUUCUCUUCCUCUUAGGUUUGAUUUGUAUUAUAAGAGUUUGCUUCCAUAGUUUGUUGUCUUAUACAUGUGUGUCUUCACUAGGAUUGUUAGACCAUGACCCCAAAAAAAAAAAAUUCAGAAUUUCAUCACAUCUCUAAUGUGAUUUGUUUGUUCUUAGUAAGGUUAUGUCCAGAUCUGUAGUUGUUUGGCGAAUACCCUUUUCUUUUUCAACUUGUCUGGAAAUGCUUUGUUCU